UUGAACUUAUUCAGAUCAGAGUUGUUUAAUUAAAAACUAGAAGUAGUACCGUUAUAGCUAGGAUGACUCAUUAGAACUUUAUUUUAAAUACCAAAUAGACAGGAAGAAAGUUCAUAAACUCAUUGUAGAUCAAAGUGCAAAACAAACUGCACCUUUUUUUACCCCAGAAGACUCAACUUCAGUUCAUUAAAGAUGGCAUGGAAGAGCAGAAGUCUAUUCCAAAUGUGCAGAUUUCUUCUUGUGGUGAUUUUAUUUUUGCCAUCCAAGACAACAGGUUCUGUUUUAACUGUGAACGGUAGAACUGAGAACUAUAUCCUGGACACACAACGUGGCUUCGAAGAAUCUCUGGAAUGUGCUGUUCAUGGCCACACUAGCGAUGAAGAACUCCUCUGGUACCGAGAAGAAGGGAGAGUGGCUUUGAAAUCUGGAAACAAAGUCAACGCGAGCUCUGUCUGUGUCUCUUCUAUCAGUGAAAAUGACAACGGGGUCAGCUUUACCUGCAAGCUGCAGAGUGAUCAGACAGUGUCCAUCUCAGUGGUGCUGAAUGUCACUUAUCCUCCUCUCCUGAGUGGAGACAACUUCCAAACAGCUGAGGAAGACGGUUAUGUGAACUUGGUUUGCAAUGUGAAAUCCAACCCACAGGCUCACAUGAUAUGGCACAAAAACAACAGCAUCCUGAUAUUAGAGAAAGAUCAUCACCAAAUCUACCAGACAAGGGAGUCUUUUCAGCUGUCAAUCACCAAAGUCAGGAAAUCUGACCACGGAACCUACAGUUGCAUUGCAAGUUCACCUCUGAAAAUGGAGACCAUGGACUUUCAACUUGCUGUUAGAGAUAAAACUGCACCUAUACCAAUAGAAGCCAUUAUUGCUGCAUGUGUUGUAGUCUUCCUGACAUUGUGCUUUGGACUGUUUGCACGAAGGGAAAGAAUAAUGAAGCUCUGCAUAAAAAAGAGAGACCCUGAUAUGGAUACAGCCCUAUGAGAAGGCUGAGAUGGCAUCUAAUACAAGAAGAGUUUUACAUGUGGACCUCCUCAAUUUAU